AUGGGAGAUAUGAAGACACCAGACUUUGAUGACCUCCUUGCAGCUUUCGACAUCCCUGACAUGGUGGAUCCUAAAGCUGCGAUUGAAUGUGGCCAGCAAGAUGAGCAUGACGGCACGGUCAAACAAGCAAAAUGUGGGUCGACAACCAACGAAGAUGUUGGUGUAAGUGUCAUCGUCAAGAAUAUUCGGAAUAUGGAAACAAGUCAGCAUGUUGGAACCCUUUCAGGAAAAGAUGUGCAGUUCCACCCUGUACCUCAUUCUUUAAAUGGCAAUAAACUUGAAAAUGGUUUCUUAUCUCCCAUGCCAAAACCCGAUGUUCAUUACAUGAAAAAUGGAUGGAAUCCAACUAAAGUGGAUGGACAAAGAGUUUGUAAACAGGCGUCAACCUGCAAUGAGUUCAGCCCUAUCGUCAGCAGAGAGACAUUUCAGGAGGAAAAGAUUCAAGUUAGUGAUCCAACGAUCAAAAAGAUUGGACAGCUUUUCAUAAAAUCCAACAGCAAGAAAGAGAAACACCAAUCUAAAUAUCCUGCAUCUGUGGAGAACGUUUUGAAGUCCAAAGCAAAUGAGUUAAAACCGGAUCAGAAUAACAAUGAAAAUAUCACUCUGGAAAGUUGGACAUUCAAUAGCUCCACUCAAUUGAGGUUGUUGCGAGAUGAACCCAAGGGAACUCUUGACUAUACACAUUGCAAGGAGAAUAAUGGGCAAACAUGCCAAAUCCAGUCAAAGACCUCUGCAAAACUUUCUUCUUGUAUUGCAGCGAUUGCUGCUCUUAACACUAAAAAGGGAAGCCUUCCAGACUGUAUUUUAGGUUCUCCUAUUUCCCAGGCGGACUCAAACCAUGACAAUGAAAUUUCCAAAGAACCAGGAAAGAAACGUGAGCAGGAAUCAGCCUUGGAGAUGGCCAAGCGCCUGCUAUCGGGACCACCGGAUAGUCCCUCUAGUGUCCAUAGUGAGAGUAGCAGCACUGACACUACUCCAGUUAUUCCAAAAGUCAGGAUAAAAACAAUCAAGACCUCUUGUGGACAGAUCAAGCACACGGUCACGCGAGUCGUCCCAGACUUUGAUCUUGACAGGGCAAAUAAAGAUGAACAUAUUCCCAAUGGCUUGACAGUCAAGGCUACCAGUGGCGCAUUGUUUUCGUCUCCUACGAUAACGUCUUUGCCAACUACAGUUGUUGCGACCCGUGGAGGACCAUCGAUUGAAAUAACUAAGCAGAUGACCAUUAAACCAGUAGCUACAGCCUUCCUACCAGUUUCAGCUGUCAAGACAGUCGGUUCACAAGUCAUUAACCUGAAACUGUCGAAUAACACCACAGUCAAAGCAACGGUCAUUCCAGCUGCCUCGGUACAAAAUGCCGGUAGUGCCAUCCUUAAAGCGGCAAACUCCAUGCAGCAACAGACUGUUAUGGUCCCUGCUUCUAGUUUGGCAAAUGCCAAACUUGUACCGAAAGCAGUCCAUUUUAGUCAUGUCAAUCUUCUCUCCAAGAAUGUGUCCUCUCCCACUAAUGAUCUCCAAAAACCAAGGUCCUCCUCCAAGCAAUCGCAAAAACUAAAACAGCAAGCGGUUCUACAGUCUUCAAAGAAACAUUCCAGAGUUCAAGUCUUCAGCAGCUCUCAAAGCUCCGUAGUAGACGCUUUUAAUAAAGUCUUGAGUAGCAUAAAUCCCAUUCCCGUGUAUGUCCCAAACCUCUCUCCACCAACGUCCGCCUGUAUUUCUAUUCCAUCCCGUGGCUACAAGUGCCUGGAGUGCGGUGAUUCCUUUGCUCUUGAAAAGAGCCUGACCCAACACUAUGAACGCCGCAGUGUGCGGAUUGAAGUUACUUGCAACCACUGUUCAAAGAGUCUCGUAUUUUACAACAAAUGCAGUCUUCUGUCUCACGCUAGAGGACAUAAGGACAAAGGGGUUGUCAUGCAGUGCUCGCAUUUAAUCUUAAAACCCAUCCCUGCAGACCAGAUGAUACCGACAUCGCCCUUUUCUGGACCAACCACCAACACAGAUGGCAUCAGCUCCAUUUGCGAUGCGCAGGCGUUACCCAUUCUAACGGGAAAAGUUCCAAGCGGUGGUCCGCAAAGUGGAGUGAUGCCUGAAGCAGCCAUGCCCUUAGAGGAUGAUGCAUCAAAGCUCUGCAGGCACAGCCUCAAGUGUUCGGAAUGCAGUGAAACAUUUCAGGACGACAGCUCGCUAGCAACGCAUUAUCAACAAGUUAUGGAGACCAGUGGGCAGAAAACUUGCGGCAUCUGCCAAAUGCUCCUCCCAAAUCACUGCAGUUUUCUAUCCCAUCAACGAAUUCACCAGCACAAGUCUCCAUACACGUGCCCUGAAUGUGGCGCGAGCUGUCGUUCUGUCCACUUCAAGUCUCACGUCACAAAGAACUGCCUGCACUACACCCGUAAAGUUGGCUACCGCUGCGUCCACUGCAGUGUGAUCUUCGCUGAUGUUGAAACUCUGAAGUCGCACAUCCAGAGUACACACUGUGAGAUCUUCUAUAAAUGCCCACUUUGUCCAAUGGCCUUCAAGACCGCACCGGCAACACACUCGCACACAUCCACGCAACAUCCAGGAGUGAAAGCAGGCGAACCCAAGCUUAUAUACAAGUGUUCCAUGUGUGAUACUGUAUUCACCCUGCAGUCUCUGCUCAACUCCCACUUUGACCAGCAUGUGGUCAAUCAUAAAGUUCCUGUCUUCAAAUGCCCUGACUGCUCUAUGCACUAUGCACAGAAACAGCUCAUGUUGGACCAUAUAAAGGCCAUCCAUGGAACUUUGAAGCUCACUGAGGGUCCACCAAGCUUUGGACUCAAUCUCCCUCUCAGCAUCAAAACUACAAAUUCCAACAGUGUCAACAAUAACGGCGCAAGUAAAAACAACAAAGACAGUGGAAACACCAACAAUCAAAACAAGCGCGUAAAUAAAGAUGCACCCUCAUCACCAAAAACCCCAAACAAAACCAGUUCAAAGGAACUCAAGAAAAACAACAGUUCAGGGUAUACCUGUAGCGAAUGCAACACUGUUUUCAUAUCCAAGGAAGCCUUUGUGGCUCACAUGAAAGGAGAACACGGCAAGAUACUGAAGAAGCACCCGUGCCGUCAGUGCGACAAGUCGUUCAGUUCUACCCACAGUCUUUGUCGACACAACCGCCUCAAACACAAGGGGGUGCGCAAAGUCUACACCUGCCCGAACUGCCCAGCUCUGAUUAAGUCGUUCACCAAGAGAGUGCUGCUGGAUCAGCACAUUCAGUUGGUGCACGGGACCUCAGAGGAAAAGACUCUAACCUCUGACACAAGGGACGAUUUGCCGGAUAAGAAAUCGAAUGUCAGCCCCAAGAGAAAAACCGAAGAGGAUGAGGGGUCUCCGGGGUUGAAUGCCAGGAGUUUGGACAUGCAGCCUUUGAAAAGGCUGAAGGUGAACAUCCCUAAAGUUCAUCGGUGCGCCGUUUGCGGCUAUACCACAGAGGACGUCCCUGCCUUCCGCAAGCACAUCCCCCAACACAAGUCAGACGGCUUGUCCUACCAAUGCCAGGAGUGCGGCCUGUGCUACACUUCGCCCCGCUCCAAGGCCCGACACCUUUUUAUCGUACACCGGCUGAAGGAGCAAGGUCUCAAUCGAUUCAGGGGUAAGGACGAUGAUGAAAACCAGAGGGAGAACCAAAUCGACGUUGCGGUGGAUAGCGAUGAUGGGGCGCCAAAGACCAAAUGCAAAGUGUGCGGGAAGCUGUUUGAGACGGAGGGGAACCUGAACACGCACAUGAGGACACAUGGCAUGGCAUUUAUCAAAGCCAAAAGACUCAAUUCUGCAGAGAAAUGA